AUGUCUAGCCAAAGAGAAGUACGAUGCCGUUGCGGUAGAUGGAUGUGGGCUCCACCGGGCGCCGGUGCUAUCCAAUGCUCAACUUGCCAUACCGUAACGCAGCUCCAUUCGCUCGUUGAUGCACUGCGCGGUGCGCACCGCAUGAUUUAUGGGCUUCAACAGCUACGUAGACAAUAUCAACAACAACAACAACCGCCACAGAUGAUGAUGGCUCAAAGGUCACCACCACAGAUGAUGGUGGCUCAACGGUCACCACCACAGAUGAUGGUUCAACUGCCACCACCACAGAUGAUGAUGGCCCAACUGUCACCACCACCACCGCCUAGGCUGCUAGAGGCACUUCCCUCGCCGUUUGGGAAGAAGAGAGCGGUUCUAUGCGGCGUGAACUAUAGAGGGAAAAGCUAUAGCUUGAAAGGUUGCAUUAGUGAUGCAAAGUCCAUGAGAUGUUUCUUGGUUCAGCAUAUGGGUUUCCCUGUUGAAUCUAUUCUCAUGCUCACAGAAGAUGAAGCCUGUCCGCAGAAAAUACCAACUAAAAGAAACAUGAGAAAGGCAAUGAGAUGGUUAGUUGAAGGAAACAAAGCAAGAGACUCACUUUUCUUCCACUACUCUGGUCAUGGAGCUCAGCAGAAAGACUACGAUGGAGAUGAAAUCGACGGUCAAGAUGAAGCCUUGAUCCCUUUAGACCAUGAGACAGAAGGAAAAAUAAUCGAUGACGAGAUUAACGAGAUACUCGUGAGGCCAUUAGUCCAUGGAGCUAAGCUUCACGCUGUGAUAGACGCAUGUAACAGUGGGACUGUCCUUGAUUUACCCUUCGUUUGUAGGAUGGAGAGGAAUGGUUCUUAUGAUUGGGAGUAUCAAGGAUUAGGGAGAAUUUACAAAGGAACAGAUGGUGGAGGAGCUUUCUGUUUCAGUGCUUGUGAUGAUGAUGAAGCCAGUGGUUACACUCCUGUGUUCACGGGAAAGAACGCAGGAGCCAUGACUUAUAGCUUCAUAAACGCGGUGAAAACAGCUGGACCAGCACCCACGUAUGGUCAGCUGCUUAACCUUAUGUGUUCUGCGAUACUCGAGGCCCAGUCUCGACUCACCUACACAGACUCCGAUGAGUCCUCGGAGCCACUACUAACAUCAUCAGAGAAAUUCAACAUAUACGCGACAAAGUUUGCGCUCUGAAGGCAAAAAUACAAAUCUCAUAAUCUGCAAAUAACUCGGAACAUUGUCCACAUGUACACCGACCUCUCUGAAGCAAACUUGUGAAAGCUUCAAAAACCUCUUCUUUGUAUUAUGAAGCUAUGAUAUCUAUAAUAUUAUUUGAGAAGUCAGUUUCCUAUGUGUCGUUCUCACGUUCACUCUCGUGAUGGUUACUCUUAAUGAAUUAAAAAUAUUAUAUUUAAAAUAUUA